UGCAAUUUUCAUUGAAAAUAUUUCCGAAACAUUGAUGUAUAUUAGAAUAAAAAAAGAAAACGAUGUGCGUCUCAUCGUAAUAUGACGUAAGAUUCAAUGUCAAGAAUGUGUAAAUGGGUGAAGGUAAACAUGUACGUGACUUUUCUCUUUCGCUAAGAGAUCAGACGCGACUCAGUGCUUCCACAACAGUACUGCUCUUGCUCAAGGUACUUUGAAGAUCAAAAUGAAUUAACACGUAUUGAGCGAUAAAGUCUAUGAAUAAAUUGCGAAUGUUUAUUUGAAUUUAUUCGUAUGUUAUACUCUGUUGUUAAGAAAAAUUCAUGUGGUUGAAAGUGAAGUUGAAGAAUGUUAUGUAAAAUAACUUUUACUCUUCAUAUAUAUAUACAGUAUUAAUAAAACUAAUAAUAAUAAUAAUAAUAAAGUGCAAAAAACAUGUCGCAUUUUUCGUAUUCUGAGGUUUUGACGAAAGCGGCAGGCGUGAAAAUCGUGAUGUCUUUGCCCAAAGAAGAUUUACUUCCGCCAGGAAAAAUAGUUCUUAAAAUGCGGAAAGGGAAUGUGGAAUCAUAUAUACAUGGUAAAUCUUAUGGAUUUCAUUUGACCAAAUCAAAAUGGGAUCCGUAUCCGUGGGUCGGUUAUGUUGAGAGUAAUAGUCCUGCUGACUUAACAGGAUUAAGAGCGGGUGAUUGUUUAUUGAGCAUUGACGACACCGAUUUAUUGGGGCUAAAGAUCAAGGACGUUGCUAAUUUAAUUCAUAAUAAGGAAGAUGUACGAGAUUUAAAUUUUUUUAUUUGGAGGUACACGCAUCAAAAAGAGGAACAAAAUGAUAGUGGGUUAGCUCUGAAGGGUCCACUUCCGAAUAUAGCCAGAAAUCUUGCAAAUGCAUUAUCAGGAACGGUCCGUGCCUUGGAAUGCCCGAUUUGCUUAGAAAGCGCUGCGCCUCCAGUCUCACAAUGUGUACAUGGUCACAUUCUGUGCGUCGUCUGCAGGCCGAAAACGACGCGUUGUCCGGUCUGUAGAGUCCGGCUUGGCCAAGGCCGAUGUCUUCUUGCAGAUAAAUUGCAUAAAGCACUUCGCGAUGCCUUUAACAUGGAUAAUGACGAGAAAAUAGACAAAACAUCUGUUAUAACCGAUCGCUGUAACUUGCGUGAUCAAUUGUUUGGUAAAACUAGCAAGAAGCAAGAGACUCCAAUUAUAAACCAAUCAAAGAACAAUUGUACUGCUUUGAAACCGAGACAAUUCUUAUUAGCCAGAUUGUUGCUCGGAGGCAGAGAGAAAGCCGCCUCUGUAGAUAAUCUAAUUCGAGUAUCUGACAUAUCGGAAGAAACCGUGGCGAUUCCUAAUGGAGAUGUUAACAGUUUACGUGUGCGAUUGAAUGAUCGCACUAAAUCAGCCAGUACCGGCGAAUUGUCGAAGGACAGCGAAGUUCGCAUUAAUGACUCUUCGCAAAUUGUUGAAUCAUCUGCGGCGAAUGCUAGUCACCAAUCGCUAAGUUUACCUGAGACGCCAAUUUGGGGUGGCUCCACGGAUUCUGUGUCUUGUAUACAACUGACAUGUCCACUUUUGCAAUCUUGUACAGAAGUAGUGAUGUCCGACUCUCUACUGGAACAUAUCAAGAAUCACAAGGUGCCGCAAAUUCAUUUCUAUUCUGGCAGCGCAAGAAUUCCUCUUCCGCUUCCUUUCGUCCAUCAUGGAAACAACAUGUUUUUCUUUCAGUAUGGAGAUGAAAUAGCAUGGAUGACACAUCCUGCUAAGAUGACGUAUUCAAACACAUGGGAAUGGAUAUUGCACGCUUGGGGUGACAAUGGUACAGAAGUACAAUUACGAAGGCACGUAGCGAGUCUCGAGAAUUCCGCGACAUUAUCUUCACAGCAUAUUGCCCCAUUGCCAAAUACAUUAUUGUUGAAAGCCAUUGAAAUACAAAUAGAAUAUGGAGCAAACGAUAGAUUAUAUAUGUGAAGAGACCGAUACAUUUGUUAUUUUCAACAAAUUUAUUAUUAUACACUUAAUUAGCGCAAAAUGUAUAUUGAAAGGACAUAGAAAAAAUAUACAUAAA